AUUUUUCACCCGUCACAUUCGUUACUCAACACUGUUUUUGCCAUUCACAUCAUAGCGCGUUUUGUUUACAUUGACAAUCUAGUUUUACAGCAACUGCAACAAGAUGAAUAUCUUGCCCAAAAAACGCUGGCAUGUGCGCACUAAAGAUAAUAUUGCCCGCGUGCGGCGGGAUGAAGCAGCUGCUCAGGAAGACGAAAAAAAACGGCUGGACAAAUUGCAAUUGGCCGAGAGCGAAGCGCGUAUCAACUAUUUGCGACGUCAAUCGGGUUUGCCUGUAAACGUAAUAGAAGGGACUGGUGCUCAAGGAAGCAGUGAAAGUACAUUAGAAGAGGCCGCAGCACACAAUUCUGGUGUUACAUCUGCAGUAGAUCUAUUUGCGGAUUACAAAAGUCAUGUAAAGAAAACAAACAAAGAUUUGGAAAAGGAAAAAAAGGACGAACAGGAAAAGUAUGAGAAACAAAUCGGAUACCUCACCUAUCUGGGGCAGGAUACAAAUGAGGCUCUCAAGGUGCGCAGUUGGUAUGAAUUGGCCCCAAAACGUCCGGAAAAUGCUGACUUCGAUCGAACUGAAAUCCAAUUAAAAGAAAAACUGUCACAAGAUCCACUCACAUUAAUAAAGACACUGAUCCCAGGAGAAGCACAGCCUGUUCGAAAUUCGAUCAAGCGACGAAAACGCACACCGACACCAGAAGCAUCGCCUGUCUUAGUGCGUUUGUUGAAAUCCAAGAAACACAAAAAGGACAAGAAACAUGACAAAAAACACAAGAAACACAAGCAUAAAAGGGACAAAGUUGAAAAAAUAAGCAAAGAGCUGGCCACGAACGCAAAGCGCGAUAAAUUAAACAGGUUGCGCAAGGAACGGCUGUUGCGUGAAGCAACAGAGCGACGUCGUCAGGAACAAUUAUUUGCUCCCAAGGAGUCGGCAAUGCCAAGUAAUGCUGCAAGCACGCCGGCCCCUACGCCGCGAAUAGUCCAAAAGUACAAUAGCCAAUUUAAUCCAGAGUUUGCUAAACAGAAUAUGAUUUGAACAUGCAUGUAUAAAUGGAUUUAAAAACAUUUUGUUGAACUGUUCAAUUAUGUAAGUUUGUACAGAACUUUUGU